AGGGGAGAGGGCGCCGCCCCGCGGGCUCUGAACGCCGGCUCCACGACAGAAAUUUCCUUUUCCCUCUCAUGGAUUCACUAUAAGGACCUUGGUUGUAGAGGAGGAGGUCUUUUAUUUGAAGUGCAGACUACCAUUUUGUAUUGGUGUACGCCAUAACCCAUGGACCAGGAAAGCAGCACCAGAGAGAGUGCCACUGGCCAGGACCCACUCCUGUUACUGAAAACCCUUCAAACUCUGUGGACAAAGAGAGAGCUGCAGAAGCUCCGGGAAGUAGCCAGGCAAGGAUUCGCUACCCUGGAAGACCCAUUCUCAGGCCUUCUAGACAUGCUGGAGAGUUAUAAAGGCUGGAAGGGGAAAGGACACUCAUUGGAAUAUUACAUCACCAACGAAUUAGCUCGCUGGCUGAAGGAGCACCCUAGGGAUCCACAGUCUGGCUUGAAGCUGAAGAAGUUGCAGGCUCGAGCAUUUGGGGUUCUUAGUGAGAGCCAGAGUAAUCUCCUUGAGCCCCUGAUCAGCAUUUAUCAGCUGCAGAAAGCUGACCGGAACACUUUGCUCGGAAAUGUCAAUCAUCUUUACCAUAAGGGAAAGUACAAAGAAGCAGUUAUACUAAGCACAAAGCUAAAGUUACAACCAGAUUUGGAUGUGGAAAAGAUGUGCACACCCUUGCUUCUUCAGGAUAAAGCAAACCUUGUUGAGGACUACGUGGCCGACUAUCCACACCUCCAGAGCCAGCUCUUACAGAUCAUGGACACAUGGUGUCACCCUACCUUUAAUACUAGAGAUAUUGCCAGACAGUAUCAAAAUGUGCCUCCCUCAAGAGCGGACAAACUGAACCAGAAAAUGCUGAGCAAACUUGUCUUCAGGCUGCUGGGCCAGUACAACCUAGACCCAGCUCUGUGCCCAAAUGUCAUGAACCAACGACACCUUGGAACUCUCAGGUACCUCUUCUACAAGAGGUUUGUCGAGAAAAGCAUGACCCAGGAGAAUUGGGAAGAUCACAUUCAGAACAUGGUAGGGGAGAAUGUGUGGCUGCAGGAACAAUUGAUCCAGCUGCUGAUCAGUUACUGUGAUGCUGCCACAGCUGCCCAGUGGGCCCUGUCCUACCACCUUCCCAGUGAAUCUCUGCCUGCCAAAGUAGCUGAGAAGAUGCAUGAACUCCAGCACCAGGAGAGGGUGGAAGUGACUAAGGAAAGAACCUAUGAUUCCAAAAUGGACAAAAAGAAUGAUCAUUAUUAUCAGUUGCCCAUAGCCAGGGAAAAUAUUCACUUCCUGCAGACCUGGGAGGAAGUGGACAAGUGCAGGGAGGUGGUACUUCAGCCUGGCCAGGUAGUCGGUAUUGACAUGGAAUGGAGACCUCCCUUUGGAUUAGUGGGAAGGCCACGAGUGUCAGUGCUGCAAAUUGCCACUAAAGAACACGUGUACCUGUUGGACCUGUUGCAGUUCUCAAAACUGGAUCAAGAAGAGAAGGAGAAGGAGCUUUGUCAUUUCAUAUGGAAGCUCUUUUCAGAUCCAUCCAUUAUAAAACUAGGCUAUGGAAUGUCUGGAGAUCUGUGCAGCUUAUCAACUACAUACCCAGCCCUCAGAGAGAUGGAAAAGCAGGUACAAGGAAUCCUGGACCUGCUGCAGGUAGACAAACAGUUACAGAAAAAUUCUGGGUUGUGGAAGAAGCAUCACACACUGGUGGAGAGCCUGUGUCCAGAGCCGAGCUCUGUAACUAAAAGUCCCAGGCAGGCAGAAAAAGGACUCAGCCUCCUGGUGCAGAAUCUCCUGGGGAAACCGCUGGACAAAACAGAGCAGCUUUCAAACUGGGAGAAACGGCCCCUCCGGGAGGAGCAGAUCCUCUAUGCAGCUUCAGAUGCAUACUGCUUAUUGGAAGUCUAUGAGGUGCUUUGUAAAGACCCAGCCCACUUUGGCUUGACUGCCAACCUGAAGGAGAGUCUUGGAGGCAAACAGAGUACAAAGCCAAGGGCAAAGAAGACGCUCGGCAAACAAGGGACACCAUCCCCUUCUAAACAGGUAUUGACAUCAGCUGGAGACACACUUUCUGCCAGUGCUUUUCCUGAGAUUUCUGCCAAAGACUUCAGCGUGGUGUGUGACACUAUGCUACAGGGCCUGGCUCGCUACCUUCGUUGCCUGGGAGUGGAUGUACGUGUCCUUGAGAACACUGAUGACCACCGGCAAGCAGCUGAGAUUGCCAGAAAGGAGGGGAGAAUCAUAUUGACCUCUGGAUUGCCAUAUCAGAAGUUGCAGGCACAGGUCGGGGAAGGAAGGUGCUUCUCUGUAAACUGUUCUGACAAGGCCAAGCAGCAAGCACUCAGUGUCCUGAAGCACUUCAAUGUCCGUGUCACGCUCAGUGACAUCUUCAGCCGCUGCCAGGUGUGUAACUGCGAUAAAUACCUGAAGAUCUCCAAAGAGAAGAUGAAACACUUGAUGAAGAUCAGCGGUUACCUGUCAGGGGAAGACGACGCAGGCUGCCCAAAGAACCCUGAAGAGGAUUGGGAGCUGUGCCCCAAGGCAGAGACUCCAGCCUUAUCAGAAACCAUCACCGAACAGCUCCCAAGCUGUGCCUAUAACCCAAACUGCCACUGGCUGGCAGACUCAGACCUGAAUGCAGGGUCUCUCACCCUGAAAAAUGGAACCACCCUGCAGAUCAGAACCGUCCCCCUUGGGGUGCUGGAGAAAACAGACCUGUCCCAUUUCUACUGCUGCACCCAGUGUGGCAAAGUGUUCUGGGAAGGCUCCCACUUUGGGCGGGUGGUCUCUCAGUUCCAGGAGAUCUUAGACGGCUCAGAGCCACAGAUACAGAGUUUCUACGAACUGAGCUGAGCUGGGCUGGGCUGGAAGGCCCAACUGUGGCUUCCUUCCCUGGUGGAAGCCAGCCACCAACCACAGAUGCAGCCUUUUAACCCUCCCUAUGAAGGAGACAGAUGAGCCCCAGGAACUGCCUCCUGUCCUGUCCUACCUUGUCCUGUCCUAUCCUGUCCUGGUUAUCCUCUGCUCCUGGGUACAAGGUGGAAAGUUUGAUUUGCUGUUCAAUUUGAAAUGUUUGGUGUGAGAAUAUUACUGGGGGGCGGGGGGAGGGGGGAGACACAUACUGGGUAAAACUCACUCCCUGAAGUGGGGUCUAUUUCUAUGAAACACUUAUUCUAUUAAAAAAAAAAAGGAUGCUAACAAGGACCCUUGCAAUGUUUUCCCAAAAGGGAUUUUUAAUCAGUCUAUGGUGCUUUGGGUCAUCUCUCCAGAAGCGUCUCCUCUGAGUGGAGAGGGACACGUGAAUAGUGUGGUCUGGGGUUAAAACUCCAUCACCCUUUUCCCCAGCACAGAAUCCUAAACCCUGCCUGCCUCUUCCUUAGUCUCCAGUCUUCACCUUGGGUUUACUCAUCUGAGGACAGAUUUCUGAUGCUAGAAAAGCUUUAAGAGUCUUUCUUUGAGCAUGGUCAAGGUAUAUUCAAAGGGAGCAGAGGAAGGGAAAAGGCUGGUUUGGAAGCAGUGGAAAGUACAGGAGGAACCAAUGAGAGCAGGAAAAGAGAAAGAUGAAGAAACAGUCGGAUGGGGAAAGGUUAAAAAGGGACCUGUGAUCUCUUAAGAAUCUCUCCCACUGUACAAUGAGUAAGGCUAGCUGACACUAGUGUAGUGGAUAGCACUGGAGACAGGAAGACCUGAGUUCAUAUCCUCCCUCAGAUACAAGUCACGUCACCACACUAUUACCUCAGUUUCCUCAUCUGUAAAAUAAAAGGUGGACUCAGUGGCCUCUAAAAUCCUGUCUAGCUCUUAAAUCUAUACUAUGAGUAUGGUUGUAAUAAUCACAUUUAUAUAGUAUUUUGUUUUCAUGCAACAUAUUUGUAUAAGUAUUAUUGACAGGUAGGACAAAUAUUAUCAUCGUCAUAUUACAAAUGAAACCGAGGCUAAGGAGAAUGUCUUGCCCAAGGUCACACAGCUAGUAAGUUGCCAAAGCCUCAACUCAAACCCAGAUCUCCUUCCGCUGACUACCUCCAAGAUCAACUGUGGUCCAAAUGAUUGAAAUGAACCACAAAGUAAGAGCAGUCCCCCAAUCUUGAGGAUAUGUUGGGGAAGGGGAGAUAUUUGAAGGGCCCCAGUUCAGGUCAACAAACAUUUAUUAGA